CCGCAGCCAUCAUUCCAUCUCGACGUAGCGUAGACUAAAGUCCCACCAUAUCUGCCGAUGCAACUUCUGACAACUCCGCCAUUCCCCACGAGAGUUUGCACGGAAUCAGGGUCAAGGUGGAAUUCACAUAAAUGCGCUCGAUGCGAUGGCUAGCUAAGGUUACACAACUCGCAUAGUCGCAGUGGUGGAAUAUCGUGCGCGGGUCGAACGGGCAUGGCCAAGAAGAAGCGCCAGAGGAUCAGCUAUGUGCUUCCUCUGGCAAGCUCUCCCGGAGGCCAUAGGCUUGGGGUCAACGGUUUGGCCUACGACGAUGACCGAACCAUCUUAUAUACAGGCGGUCGGGAUGGUGUGGUUUGCGCUUGGGACGUUGACAUCGAAGCACAGCGACGCAACCAGCAACUUGAUGCAAGAGGAGACAAGCAAAGCAGUGUUAAUUACCGCAAACAAGUCCAGGCGCACACACAUUGGGUCAACGAUCUUGUACUUGUCAAGAACAACCUGGGACUGGUAUCGGCCUCGUCAGAUGUCACAGUCAAGCUAUGGCGACCACAUGGACAUGAAACAACUCAAGCAUACACUAUCGGCUCCCACAGCGACUACGUCAAAUGUCUUGCAACCCCAGACCAAACAGCAAAUUGGGUUGCUUCUGGAGGUUUAGAUCACCGAAUAUGCCUGUGGGACUUGAAUGGCGGCGGACAAACUCUCGAGAUCAAUGUCGGUAAGGCAGAAGAUGUCGUCAAAGGCUCUGUUUAUGCUCUUCGUGCUCGAGGCUCCAUGCUAGCAAGUGGAGGUCCAGAAAGCGUCGUAAGAUUAUGGGAUGUGAAAUCAGGAAAGAGCAUCACGAAACUGGUAGGGCACACCGAUAAUGUGCGGGACAUCCUCAUCAGCGAUGAUGGCGACACCUUGCUCACAGCUUCCUCGGAUCAAACGAUAAAAGUCUGGUCCAUUGCGGCGGGCAGGUGUGUACACACCCUGACCAUGCAUAACGACAGUGUUUGGUGCAUGUACUCCAACGAUCCCAACCUGGCUGUGUUCUACUCUGGCGACAAAUCGGGUCUGGUGGCCAAAACCGACACUAGGCGCGCAAUGGAAAUCGAUGACGGUAUCUCGGUUGCGAUCUGUCAAGAACACGAUGGUAUUGCUCGUGUCAUGCCUGCGGGUGACUCGAUCUGGACGGCAACCUCGAGUUCCAGCGUCAACCGUUGGCUUGACGUGGACACCGAGCUUGACGUGGAAACACCACCUGCUUCCCCGCGAGAAGAGCGCACCAUGAGUCCAGAACCGAACAGGUUGUCACCCGAGUCGGCGCGGACAGGUCCAAUGACAAAUGGCGUCAGUCAUAAGAAGAAGAUCCCGCAUAACGCGGUUCUUCUUGUCUCAAACACCGCUGUACAUCCGGGACGCAAACAUCUUGGUGUAUUACCAAACGUGUCGGCCACGAACCUCAGGAAAGCGUCCGAAGCCAUGAUCGCUGACGAUCUGAGCAUUGUGGUACCCAUUCGAGGACAACCAGCGGAAACGAUUGAAGGCCAAAACGGACUGAUCAAGCAUGUCAUGCUCAACGACCGCAAGAGGAUACUUACCUUAGAUACAGCUGGAGAGGUGGUCUUAUGGGAUUUAUUAAAGUGUAUACCCAUCAAGUCAUUUGGUCGACGACAUCUUGACGAGGUCGUGCCUGAGGUCAAUACUACCGAGAGUCUCGCGAAUUGGUGUGCUGUCGAUACCAAAACCGGCAAGAUCACGGUGAUGCUCGAAGAGAAUUACUGCUUUGACGCUGAAGUGUACGCUGACGAUCUGGACCUGGGCAAAGAGAUGGUUUUCCGUGAAGAUCAAAGAAUCAACCUGGGGAAAUGGGUGUUGCGCAAUCUGUUUUCGAAACUGGUUGACGAGGAAGUCGCUCGCGACGAAGCUCAUAGGCGCACGCUGCAAAGUCCGACAACAGCCAGCAAGGGCCUUGUAAGACCUGGGGCGCCAACGAGUAUUGCCAUGCCGCAAUCAGCCGCGACCACGCCAUUGGUAUCGCCAGGACAGAUUGUGACCCCACGGGCGUCGAAUGGGAAGGCUCGGGUACCACCGACACCGGGGCUACUCAUUGGAGCGGCCACACCAGGUUUUAUUCCAUUAUCGUCUACAUUGACGCCCACGGCUGAGGAAGUAACCGAGCACACGAACGGGAUAGUCUCACCAGUGUCACCAACACCGACAGGAACCGACCAGAAUGACUACUUCUCAUCGUCAGCCAGCGGUCACAACCGCUCCGAGGCAUCGUCAGAGCACCAGAAGAUGCCCGAGACGCCGGGUGCAACAGAGGGCAUGCCAUUGGCGACACCAACGUCGCCUUCGGAGGAGAAGAAAAAGGGUCUUUUCGGCAAGAAAUUUCCUAUGACAUUCCCUAAAAAGAUGACAAGAACAUCAACAGAGGUCAAAGCACCCGUCGUUCCCGAAGAAAAGUCGGAUACGGCUUCGUUUACGCCCUCAGAGAAGGAAGAAAAAGUCAUCGAAGAUAAUUUCUUCGGUGUCAUCCAGAAGAUCAGGCAUGAGUAUGAUGAGCACUUGGAGUCCAAACCAGAUCAACCUCUUCCCGCCGGCAUUACCCCGAGUUUGGCCAUGGAAACGCCCCUCCUCAAUCCACCGCCUCAUACUACCGUCAUUAUUCAAGAAGAUAAUCCCGAGUCUGGUGGACUUGCAGAUCAAUAUCGUGGGGAGAUCAGCGAGCUGGGUAAUGAGGCGGAUACACUGGAGAAAAUCGCACCGAUGUGGCUAGGUGAUUUGUUGCUUAAGAACCAAAUCCCAUACAAGGAGACCGUGAAAGUGUCCUUUGUGCUUCACUCUUACGACAACCAAUUACCCAGCAUUGCUUCACCGGACGGCAAUGCACGCCUCAAUGCCAACCGCAUGCUGCGCGCGAAGAAGAUACUCGCGUAUGUUGCUGAGCGUAUUGAGAUUCAGCCAUCGAGCGCGCACGGCGAGAACAUCGAGGAGCGGGAGCAGGAUGUCGUGGCUGUUGAUGCGGAGCAGGAGAGAGAGAAAGAGAAGGAGACGGAGCUGGAGGCGGCAGAGUCUCACGCGGACGGCCAAGAGGAUCUCAAGCCAGAGGAGUAUUUGGAGUUGUAUUGUCAGGGGCAGAAGGUCGAUCCGAAUACCACGCUGGCGACUUUGCGAGUGCAUGUGUGGCGGACGGGAGGUGAUGUUGUGUUGUACUACAAAAGUAAUGGGAGGAAGAAGUUGAGGUUGCCGCAUCCGGCGGCUGUGCCGACGAGGGAGGAGAGUGAGGAGCAUACGGGAGUGAGUUAGGUACCACUUCUCAGGAGAGAUGCAUCGUGAAAGCAGAGUUGCAUAUGGGGCUUGAGAGGAGGCGCGGGCAGUAAUGGUGGUGGUCGUGGUGGCAUUAUAUACAUAGG